UUAAUAGAAGUUGCCGAUUGAUAAAGUGGGCGGUACACAAUUAAAAAUUAAAUAAAAUAACUAACAAGAAGCAAUCUGUGGUAUAAUAAUGUCGGCGAAUGUAAACGUGUGUGAUAUUGGAGACGACGUAAAGGAGGUUCUAAAGAAAUUUCGCUUCCAAAAACAUACUUCAAAUUGUGCCUUAAUUUUGAAGGUGAACAGAGAGAAGCAAGCUCUAGAAGUUGACGAAGAACUGGAUAACAUAGAGCUCGAGGAGCUGCAGGACAUCCUGCCGUCCCACCAGCCGAGGUUCAUUGUGUACAGCUACAAAAUGGAGCACAGCGACGGCAGGGUGUCAUUUCCCAUGUGUUUCAUAUUCUACACGCCACGCGACGCGCACAUGGAGUUGCAGGUUAUGUACGCGGGAACACAGCGCGCGCUCGCCGCGGCUGUCGGCGCGCCGCGGUUGUUGGAAGUGCGGGAAAUUGAUGAGCUCACGAACGAGUGGCUCAACGACAAGCUUAGGAGGUAGAGAUGAGAAGAGAUGGGAAGAGAUAAGAAGAGAUGGCUAGUGAUGGAGGAAUAGUGUACAUGAGGCGUAGGAAAGAAUGUGAUGUGUUAAGAAGUAAAAAA